GCUGGGUUACUCCGUCUGACAAGCCGUUCGACAGAGAGAAGAGCCACCGCUCAGUAAGCGGCGGUAGCGCGACUGCGGCAGUUGUUGCUUGUAGUACAUAGUCCUUAGCGAGUGGGUGGCUGUUCGCGAUGCGCGACGAGUAUUAAGUGCUCGUUCAUUUCGCUUUUAUUGUCACGCACUAGGCUCGCUGUCGCUUGAUAUUGACGCUGCGGUAGGAGGCGGAGGAGGAGGACUGCCCGAGGACUUUUUCGUAGACUCGAGGCAAAGCCCUUGCCAGAGCAGCAAGAGUGCGGCGAUUUAGCGGCCCAAAGGACAAAUAAACAAAUUCACAAGAAUGAAUGGAAUCGGAUUAUUUUCAACCAGCUUGGUACUGCUGUCCCUGGUUUUUACGGUAUCCACACUUUCUCCAGUGAGUCGACAAUUUGACAUUUCCGAGUAUGUUUAUGGAGUUGAUCAUGAUUUGCAAGCCAGAGCACGCGCAGCUGUUGAAGCAGAGAGUUUUAAGUUUCGUCGGAACAGUUGGCCGCAACGAGCGAAACAGGAGCCCUGCCAGGCAAGACAAGAGCGGCCUUGUCCACCGAGCAAGUACAGAACUCCUUCCGGGGCUUGCAACAACGUGAGGCAUCCGGCUUGGGGCGCGAGAGGCUCGCCCUAUCUUAGGAUCUUGCCGCCGGCAUAUGUCGAUGGUAAGCUUUUGCGUAACAUUUCGUCCUUAUCGUCUUUAUUUUAUAAGAGCAAAUGCUUUAGCUACGACAAUCUGUUUUUUGAUCUUUAUUCGUACGAGUGCGCGUACUAUAUCUUCUUGCUUGAGGGCUUAAGGGCGAUGCAGUUUUAUACUCUUCGCAAUUCAAGCGAUCACUUAUAA